CGUAACGUUCUCUUCGCUGAUUGGCUGGGCGCAGCGCUCGGGCGCGAUUUCCAACGCGGGAAAGCACCGAGUGAGUUGGGGUCACUGAAGUAACUUCUGCCAGUGAGAUUGCAGGACAAGAAGGGAAUCAAAGGCGCCGCGAGCUGGAACAGCGAUACAUGUAACAUUGGGAAUGACUGACUUUAUGAUACAGCGACUAACGGCGGAACGUUAAAGGCGGGAUAUUCCUCCAACUGCACUUAUUUACACUUUUUUUUGUAUAGAUUUUUUUUAACUGAACGGUUUUAAGCUUCAUUUUAACUGAACGUUAUUUGCGAUGGCUGACAGCAAACACCAAGUGAUAUUUUGUAACGACUCGCCGAAAAGAGUUCUGGUGUCCGUGAUCAAGACGACGCCCAUCAAACCGAAAGCGGCGGACUCUCUGAUGCCCACCAGCCCCGGAUUCAGCGACUUUAUGGUUUACCCGUGGCGCUGGGGCGAAAACGCGCACAAUGUGACUCUGAGCCCUGGAUCGGGCAGCGGGACCGCCUCACCGACCCGAAACAGCGGCUCUCCCGCCGAAUCAGAUGUCAACUCCUGCCCGGAGCACCUCAAGGAUGGCAUUCGGCGCGGACGCCCGCGGGCAGACACCGUCCGAGAGCUGAUCAACGAGGGCGAAAACUCCACCAGCCGCAUCCGCUGCAACAUCUGCAACCGCGUCUUUCCCCGCGAGAAAUCGCUACAGGCGCACAAACGCACACACACGGGUGAAAGACCUUACCUGUGUGACUAUCCAGACUGCGGGAAAGCGUUCGUCCAGAGCGGACAGCUGAAGACCCAUCAGCGCCUCCACACCGGAGAAAAACCCUUCGUCUGUUCGGAGAAAGGUUGCAGUAGCCGAUUCACUCACGCUAACCGACACUGUCCCAAACACCCAUAUGCGCGGCUGAAGCGCGAGGAGCCCACGGGCGGCCCCGGGAAAUCACAGGGGGCCGACAACAAGGCUGUGGCCGAAUGGCUGGCAAGAUACUGGCAGACGAGGGAGCAGCGGACGCCCGUGCCGUCGAAAGCAAAGACUCUGAGUAAGACCACUAUGGAGGACCAGGAGCAGCAGGAUCCUCUGGACUUCCUGCCGUCCGACGAAGGCGAAGAAGAAGAGCAGGACGACGAGAAGAGCGGCGGCGGCGGUACGGCACGCCGGCGUCUCCAGGAGCAGCGCGAGCGUCUUCACGGCGCUCUGGCGCUCAUCGAGCUUGCCAACAACCUCUCCGCCUGAACGACACCGGCGGAGCAGAUCUGGAUGAUCGGCAACUUUGCUCGCCUUCGAGACCCCGCGCGGGUUGAUAUAAGCUACAAGCACCUUAUUUCGCUUCCUGUUGUACCUUUAGGCUGCUAUGAUGGUAGUGAUAUCAUAUGAAGAAUGUCGUCGUUUUCUCAGCUUGUAAAGGAUACGAGACGUCUCGUGUUUGUUUCGUUGUGCACUUUGUGGGAACGAGUGUUUGUUUCGUUGGGGUUGUUCGUGUAUGUGACGUUGUUUUUGGAUUCCGGCAUGCGUGUGUUGUGAUGUGAUGUGUGUGUGUGUGUUUUGAAACAGGGUGCGGUGACCGACCUGCUAAAGAUGAAGACUUGCUGACGGCAGAUGGCACAUUAGUCCGGUUCGCUUUGUACGCCGUCGUCCAUCACAUUGGUCAUGUUUAAUCAUGUAUUUAUUCUCUAUUUAAAGCCACCGGCUCAGGCUUCGCAAUAACGUCGGUAAAACUAACCAGCUUUAAGAUGCCGCAUUGGUACACGCUUAGAAACUAGUCUAAACCGAAGCACUUACAAUAUUAAUCCACGACACUUCCAAAGAUCGAAUGAGAUUCUGGAUCCAAAAAGCACUUAUUUCGGUGUCUUCGUGAUCCGUAACACUACGUCCUGUUCAUUUGGAUUAAACGCGUCUGCCUGCAAAAACUGGAAGAUGUUUGUCAUUGGAAAUUCAUUUUUUUUGUCCGUUUUGUAACUGAAAUAAUAUAUUCCCCCAUGAAAUCCUUCGGAAAGCCGUGCACCGCGUACCUUGAACUGAUCCCGUCACGACAACAGAAUGUAAUCGAGCGUUUUCUUUUAAGAUGUUCUGUUCGCUGUGCUGAAAGGACUUUGUAAAUGUGUAAACGGGCUUUUCCUAAUUAGUGUUAGCACUUCAAGUCUUCAUUAAAUGAUAUUAAAUCUUU